ACGUACACAGACUUUAAAACGUAAACAACACAGUAUAUAUAGACAUGAUAACAUAAAGAUUAGUAUAUAUAUAUAGUUGAUAUUGUGAUACGCUUGGAAUUAAGACGUAAGUGACAUUUUAACUAACUUGUAUUGACAUAUAAGUGGUGUUUGUACAUAAGUUUUGAUAUAUUUCGGGACCUUAGGCCAGUCAUAAUGUCUCCGGCCAGUGUGACUGCGAUUCUUAUUCUACUGCAUUGGACAGUCGAUGGAAAACCUACACUGGAAGGGAAACUGGUUGGGCCGUGUGCAGACGCUGACGAUCCAAUGGCUUGCAUGCAUGGGAUUCUCAUGCAUGGAGACAAAGUCAGUGGAGAGAAUCAUGAUGCGGAGGACGGGUACCUGAAAUUCAAAUCCAACCUAGAAACAGGAGCGAAGGCGAAGGUUGGACCAACAGAUGCCGAGGAGAUGUUCCACGGCGCCCUGAUGCAUGGUGAUGAUGACACAAAUGGUGUACACGAACACAAAGACACAGCCGUAGUAAAUCCAGAAAGUCCAAAACAGGUCAACCUUCCCGAAGAUAUCGAGGAUUACAUGCAUGGUGUUCUAAUGCAUGGCGAUGACGAACCAGGAAUUGACCACAAGAAAGAUCAUCAGAAAAUGAAAGAAGAAAAAGGUGAGAGCACAAAUGUUGCUACAGGGCCUGAUGAUCUUGAGGACAUGAUGCACAAAAUGAUGCAUAAAGAUGGUGAUAUAUCCCAUGAUCACGAGAAAGAUGACGCACCGGCCGUUGCUAAGGGGCCAGCUGAGGACCUUGAUAAUAUGAUGCACAAGUUGAUGCACAAAGAUGGCGACAUAUCCCAUAACCACGAGAAAGAUGGCGCUCCAGCCGAUGCUAAGGGGGCAGCUGAGGAUCUUGACAAUAUGAUGCACAAGUUGAUGCACAAAGAUGGCGACAUAUCACAUAACCACGAGAAAGAUGGCGGCUCGGCUGUUGCUAAGGGACCAGCUGAGGACCUUGAUAAUAUGAUGCACAAGUUGAUGCACAAAGAUGGCGACAUAUCACAUGAUCACGAGAUAAAAUCAAGAUUCAAAGUUGAUAAGGGACCAGUCGACCUUGAUAACAUGAUGCAUAAACUCAUGCAUGCAGACGGGGACAUUUCACAUGAUAACGAGGAUAGGAAGGAAAAUCAAGAUUCUGACUUCUCAAAAGGGCCAGGUGAUAUAGAUAACAUGAUGCAUCGAUUGAUGCAUAAGGACGGAGACCUGUCACAUACCACUGAUGACAAGGAUCAUCAUCAGCAGACUGGAAGCAUAGGUCCUGAUUCGGAUGACCUCCACGGCCUGUUGAUGCAUGGUGACAAAGAAACCGGACAUGUGCAUGAGCAUUUCAGCUGGCAGAAACCAUUCAAGAUGGACAAGGAAGCACUACGUAAGCUUAAAAUCGACGAAGACAUCCUGCGAUCCGUGGGUUUGGAGUCUGUUCUUCAGGACCUUGAAGAGUAUGACCAAUGGAAAAAGACCAAAUCCAAAGAUACUAAAGACGAUAUGGACGAUAUAUCGGAGAAUAUUUUGUCCGAUAUCGAGGCUAUGAAAAAACGCUAUCUAAAAAGGGCACGUGAAGUGGACUUCAAGGCAAACGUAGGAAUUACGGAAAAGGAGUCCUUGGACCAUCUGGCGAAAACUUCCGGUCAUGAACACGUUGUUGAUGACGCAACACAUAGCCUUGAAUUGAUUGGUAGCACCGAGCCGAUCAGUGAGCGUCACAAGUUAUUCAAGGAAGGGAAGCCAUCGGAUGAUUUAUAGAAUGUGAAAUUAUAUACGUUAAUGAAUGAAUACAUUAAUGUGAAUGAUAAUAUUGACAUUUUGUAUUAUUUAUACUAUUUUCAUUUGCUUUCAUAAAAUAAUGUCUAUCACAAUUUUGAUGUUAUUUAUGACUGAUUUUUCUUUAUAUCAUUCAGGAGCAGAAGUCUAAAGCAACCAACUUGAAAUUCCCUAUAAACGACAGUCCUUUGACAACGGUGUCCGCACCAAUGUCAUUCUGAGUCGUUUUCAAAUUUAGGUUUCACUUCAUUUGGUUAAAAUCCAAUCAGGGUUUCAGGAGGAAUAGGCUUUCAAUGGGCAACACAAAACGGAUGCAGGACAUUAGUUACACGUAUAUGACCCUUAGAGUUUGAUGUGGACUCAUAAAUAACCAAAUAAAACUUAUUGUCUACAAAUAUUACUCGAAGUCUAAGUACAAAGAACAUCUCAAAUCUGCCAUUACAUAUGCUAAUAAUUUUAUUAACAAAUAGAUGAUCAUAUGUAUAAAUGUAUAAUUACAAUUAAUGGAUACAUAUCUGAUUCAAUGUACAAAUGGAUAACUAAACUAUAUUUCAUUCAAAUAGAUUUUUCAAAGAUUAUCCCAAGAUAAUUCAAAUUAUCAUUGAACAAUUGAAUAAAUUCAAAUAUCAUAACGGAAAAAUAACAUAGAAAUUGUAAUUAAAUAUCUGAAACUAAAAUUCAGGACAGGCAACUUUAGAAAACAUAUUUCAAUGAUCACUGAAGCUACGGGGUAAUAAAACAUAAAAUACUUUCCAGUUUUUAGAUAUUUUUCUUAACAACAGAUAGACUACGGUGUAAGUUUAUCUAAGGGGUAAGGGACUCAUGUAAUAGCUACAGUAUUUGUUGCCUUUUAUAGCUUUUCAAUAUACAGUAUGAAUAAAGGUAUAUGGGGCAGAUAAUAUAGGAGUGUGGAAAGAGGCUGGGCUUUGGGGUGGUCUACAAUAAUAGAUACUAUUCAAAAUAUCCAGGAAAAAAAAUCCAUGAGAUCAGGCAAAUACCUGGUCUUGCAACUUGUGUUUUAUGACACCUUCAAGCACAGCACCAUAAUAUGCAAUCCGACAUGAUACAUACCGAUUUCAUUGGGAUCGGAUGUUGAUAAAGUUUGUAAUUACACUGAUCAUUAAAAUAAUUAACUGAAUCUAAAUCUGCAAAUCUAGAUGAAAUUACAACACCUAUACAAAAAUCCAUAAUAAUUUGUUUAGGUGGUUUUCUAGACUCGAAACAUUUUGUAUGUAGAAAUUAAAACAAUGAUAGCGAAACAGACAACAAGAUUGCAUGAUUUAUAUACAAGUUAAGAAAUAUGCAGGAAAACAGUCAAAAGACGAAUUCAUAUCACAAUUACAACUCAAUAUCAUUUUCUAAUAUGAUGUAAACCUUACUCUUUUUCGUUUGGACGGAAACAUGGCGAGUAGGGGAAGCCUAAAAAGGGUUUCUGAGAUUCUAUAAACAGGUUAAUCGAUAUUUAGAACUCUUCAACUUGUAAAACAGUAUUUUUUUAAGAUAGAAGAGUACAAUUCUCAAACACAUUCGUCAUCAUGACAUUUUUUUGACUUGAUAAACAUCAAUCUGUCAUAUUGUAAGACUUCAAUUUUUCAUAAUUUCAAAAUUUCAACUUUUAGGUUACUUAUCUUCAUCAUUAUGGGUGUAAUGCAUCAUUAAAACCUCCAUGGACUAAAAUCUGAAAAGUCAUGAUGUAGCUGUCCAAGUGGAAUACAACAAUGAAUUACCCAUAUCACUUGAUAUGUUCAAUAAUUUUACACUGCAUAAAACAUUUGGAUGGAAUCAGUUAAUAUCAGAAAAUUCACAAUAGGCACUAACAACAGAAAUUUUUAGAGCAUUAACAAAAGGCACAAUUGAAACAAUAAUUCAAAAUUACAUGAAAAUUCUGAAGCAU